UCUCCAUCUACCUUGAGUACCGUACUAAUGUCGAACAUUGGACUGCCAAGUCAUAGAAAACUCUAAUCUUGGGUAAGAUCUAACAUCUUCCUUAUUUUGCAGGUAGCCCGAUUGUCAGAUUUUAGGAAUAACACUUUGAUUCUCAGAUUUGUAGACACAAAAGCAUAGAACCUUCCUUUGAAUUGAGUUGUCCAACAAAAUUGAAGGCAAGGUUUCUCCUCCAUGGCUCGAAUCAACAGAAUACAGAUGCGAAAAAGAACUAUAGUUUGCGUUUAUGUUGUCUUAUUUUUGCUCUUUUGCUCUGGCGGGGUUCUUUUGGAUGGUUUUAAAAGUUCUAGUCCUUCUAUGACUGUGGCAGGAUUUAUAAUCUACACUACUCUUAUAUUGGCCAUAGUUUUCAGUUUGUUCCUUCUAAUUAAAGUUGAGUUACAGAUGCGCAAAAGAACUAUAAUUGGUGUUUACCUUGUCUUAGUUUUGAUCUUUAGCUCUAGCAUAGUUAUUGUGUUACGUUCUAAAAGUUCUCAUGAGAACUUGGGGUCGUUAAUGUUCGUAGGUAUUGGUUUUUUGGCUUUAAUUUUCAGUCUGUUCCUUUGUUUGACGAAGUGUGGUAGGAUGAGGAAAAAAAGUGAACUAGAUGAUCUUGCCAUUGAUGUGUCCUUUGGUGAUGAAUUUGGGAAUGGGUUGGGACCUAAGAUGUUCUCUUACGAUGAAUUGUCCAAAGCAACUAAGGAUUUUGCAGAUGAAGAGAAGCUUGGCGAGGGAGGAUUUGGAGCAGUAUAUAAAGGUGUCUUGAGGGAUUCCAACACAAAUGUGGCGAUUAAAAGGGUUUGGAAGAGGUCAAAAGAAGGAAUCAAAGCAUAUGAAUCAGAAGUGAAGAUUAUUAGUCGUUUGAGGCAUAGGAAUUUGGUAAAGCUUAUUGGAUGGUGCCAUGAGAAGGAACUUUUACUUGUUUACGAGUUCAUGCCUGGUGGUAGCCUGGAUUUCCAUCUCUUCAAAGGGAGGAGCUUGUUACCAUGGGAAAUUAGAUACAAAAUUGUGCAAGGCUUAGCAUCAGCAUUGUUCAUUUGUUGGUUUGGGCUUGGGAAGCAUAUGAGAACCGAGUGCUUCUUGAUAUUGCUGACGGGAACCUCGCUACAAAUUUUAAUGCGAAAGAGAUGGAGUGUUUGUUGGUUGUUGGUUUAUGGUGCGCAUAUCCUUCCCCCAUUAUGAGACCGUCAAUGAGGCAAGCAAUCCAGGUGCUUAAUUUUGAGGCAGACCUUCCAAAUCUACCAAGUAAGAGACCUAUUCUCAAUUAUGAUAUCCUUGGUACUUCAGUCAUUGGAACAAGGGAACCUGGUACUUCAGUCACCGGAGCAGGUGAAUCUGGUUCAAUUAGCAUUACUAUGCCACGCUAAUUCACAUGUCAUACCUCAUACAAAUUCUUCUUCUUCUUCUUCUUCUUCUUUUUUCAAUAAUAAACAAGUGUGUAUGUUCUUUCUAGAAAACAAGUGUCUUUAGUGUUUGAGAUUAAUGUAUUCUUGGCAUUUCAGUUUGUAUUUUCUACUUUUAUGGCAUUUUUAUGCCUCUAAGCUGUCCCCGUAAGCGAUUAAAAUUUCUGUUAAUCA